AUGUCAGGGACCGAUUCAUCAGGAGUCAAAAAGACUGUAUGGAUGGAGAGAGAUGAUCUUCUGUCUCAAUCGCCGUCGUACCCACAACUUACCCAAGACACCAAGACUGAUGUACUUGUUGUUGGAGGUGGGAUCGCCGGAUUACAUAUCACAUAUGAGCUGCUCAACUCGGGUAUGAAAAAGGUCAUAUUAGUGGAAGACGGAAAAAUCGGAUCAGGAGAAACUGGUCGUACUACCGGUCAUUUAUCUGCAGACAACGAGUACAAUGAAUUUAUGGGUUUACAUGGCGCUGAGGGAACCGCUCAAAUCGCCGCUGCCCAGCAGGCAGCCAUUGAACGAAUUGCUUCUAUCGUUGACAAACAUCAGAUUGACUGUGAUUUCGUCAGAGUUCCAGGAUACAUGUUCCACGGUCUUCCUACAUCCUCGUCUGAGUUCCGAGUCGACACUUUGGAAGAACUAUAUGAAGCUGCAGAGAAGACAGGAAAGCUGGAUGUCAGCAUAGUCAAUGACGCUUUUAUCAAAGGCUUCAAGAGCGGACCAGCUGUCAAGUUCGGCAAUCAAGCCACUUUCCAUCCCACAAAAUACAUUCAAGCUUUGGCUAAAGUGAUCUCUGAUAUGGGAGGUGAGAUUUACGAGAAAACUCGGUACAUGAAGCACUCUGAGGAGAAUGGCAGAGUAACGGCUAGUUUGGAGAACGAAAAGAAGAUUCAGGCGGAGUCAUUGGUCAUGGCUACCAAUGUCCCCUUACAAAAGGUGAGUCUUUAG